AUGACCGCAGUCAAUGUACUAAAAGUGUCGCUUGGGUGUGAACUAGAAGACGAACAAUUAAGAGCAUUCCGGGGCGAAGAGACGCAGGAACAUAGGGAUUUUACAACCGAAGAUGAUGAGAGACUAAUGGAGUUUGUCAGGAAUCUUCAAAAGCUCAACAAUCGAUAUGCAGUCAGACUUACAUGGAAGCACGAGGUCAAUCUGGAGGAUAAUUAUUACUUGGCCCACAAACACCUAUUGCAGCUAACAAAGAGGCUACGGAAGGACACAACCCUAUUGGAAAGGUAUGACAAAGCCAUCAGGGAAUAUUUGUCGUCGGGUGUAGCAGAGAAGGUCAAGGCAGGUCAAAGUAACGGUGAAUUCGUAUACUACAUGCCACACCAGGCUGUCAUUCGGGAAGACAGCACAACCACCAAGAUCAGGAUCGCCUUCGACGCUUUAUCAGCUGAGACACCCGGGAUAUCUGUAAACGACUGUUUGGAUGCAGGGCCGAACCUUGUCCCCGAUAUAGUCUUGGUUCUUCUCAACUUCAGAACGCACAAAGUAGCACUUGUUGCAAACGUGAAACAGGCGUUCCUGCAGAUUAUCAUACAAGAAGAAGACAGAGAUGCACUUCGUAUGCUGUAUGCUUUGGUGGGAGCACAUACCAUAUACUACGGAAAAUAA